CGGGUCGCGGCCGUCAGAACCUGCAGCCCGGGACCAUGGUGGUUCUCCGCAGCAGCCUGGAGCUGCACAGCCAUUCGGCCUCCUCGGCCACGGACUCCCUAGACCUGUCCAGCGAGUUCCUCAGCCUGGAGCUUAGCGGACGAAGGCGGCUCCGCUCGGCCAGCGCCGCGGAGAAAUCCGCCGUCACCGCCGCCGCCGCCGCCGCGGGCGAUGGGUCUUCAGUUAAGGAAGUUGAAACCUACCACCAGACUCGUUCUUUGAGGUCUUUGAGAAAAAAUGCACCGACUUCUUCAGAUUCUAGUUUCGAUAAAAAUAUGGAACUGUUGGAGAAGCAUACCAAUGGCAGGCAUUUUACAAGGCAGUUGGCCAGACAGCAAGCUGGUAAGAAAAAAGAAGAGGACAAAGAAGACAAAGUGAUUGCAGUUACUCGGUCAUUAAGAACUAGAGACAUUGUUCAGACUACAGAGCAUUUGCAUGAUGAGAACGGUGAUGUUGAAGUUCGACGCAGUUGUAGGAUUCGAAGUCGUUAUAGUUCUGUGAACCAGUCUGUGCUGUUUGACAAACUUAUAACAAACACUGCUGAAGCUGUACUUCAAAAAAUGGAUGACAUGAAGAAGAUGCGUAGACAGCGAAUGAGAGGACUUGAAGACUUGCGGGCAUUUAAUCAAGCCAAAGAAGACAAUCUUAAUAUGUAUACAAGAGGAAAACGGAAAGGUAUUCAACGAGCUGGUAUUCAACGAGCCGAUGAGGAAACAACUGAUAACCAGGAAGGCAGUGUAGAAUCAUCUGAAGAGGGUGAAGACCAAGAAGAUGAAGAUGAUGGUGAAGAUGAAGAUGAUGAAGAGGAUGAUGAAGAUGGAGAAGAAGAUAAUCAGAAACGAUAUUAUCUUAGACAGAGAAAAGCGACUGUGUACUACCAGGCUCCAUUGGAAAAACCUCGUCACCAGAAAAAGCCCAACAUAUUUUAUAGUGGCUCUGCGUCUCCUGCAAGACCAAGAUACCGAUUGUCUUCUUCAGGACCAAGAAGUCCUUAUUGUAAACGAAAGAACAGGCGAAGGCAUGCCAUACACAGUAGUGACUCCACUUCAUCUUCCUCUUCUGAAGAUGAGCAACAAUUUGAGAGACGAAGAAAAAGAAGCCGUAAUAGAGCUAUCAAUAGAUGCCUCCCACUAAAUUUUCGGAAAGAUGAAGUAAGAGGAAUUUAUAAAGAUCGAAUGAAAAUUGGAGCAAGCCUUGCUGAUGUCGAUCCAAUGCAACUGGAUUCUUCAGUACGAUUUGAUAGUGUUGGUGGCCUGUCUAACCAUAUUGCAGCUCUAAAAGAGAUGGUAGUGUUUCCAUUACUCUAUCCAGAAGUCUUUGAAAAAUUCAAAAUUCAACCCCCAAGAGGUUGCCUGUUUUAUGGUCCACCCGGAACUGGAAAAACUCUGGUUGCUAGAGCACUUGCCAAUGAAUGCAGUCAAGGGGAUAAAAGAGUCGCAUUUUUCAUGAGGAAAGGAGCUGACUGUCUAAGUAAAUGGGUAGGGGAGUCUGAAAGACAACUACGAUUGCUAUUUGAUCAGGCCUAUCAAAUGCGCCCAUCAAUUAUUUUCUUCGAUGAAAUAGAUGGCCUGGCUCCAGUGCGGUCAAGCAGGCAAGAUCAGAUUCACAGUUCCAUUGUUUCUACCCUGUUAGCUCUCAUGGAUGGUUUGGACAGCAGAGGAGAAGUUGUGGUCAUUGGUGCUACCAACAGACUAGAUUCCAUAGACCCUGCUUUACGGAGGCCUGGACGUUUUGACAGAGAAUUUCUUUUUAACCUCCCUGAUAAAGAUGCUCGGAAAGAGAUUCUAAAGAUUCACACAAGGGAUUGGAAUCCCAGACCACUGGACAUGUUUCUAGAAGAAUUAGCAGAAAACUGUGUUGGAUACUGUGGUGCAGAUAUUAAGUCAAUAUGUGCUGAAGCUGCUUUAUGUGCUCUUCGUCGACGCUACCCACAGAUCUAUACCACUAGUGAGAAGCUACAGUUGGACCUCUCUUCAAUUAAUAUCUCAGCUAAGGAUUUUGAGGUGGCCAUGCAAAAAAUGAUACCAGCCUCCCAGAGAGCUGUGACAUCACCGGGGCAGGCUUUGUCUGCCAUCGUGAAACCUCUCCUGCACAGUACUGUCCACAAGAUCUUAGAGGCCCUACAGAGAGUAUUUCCACAUGCAAAAAUUGGAGCAAAUAAAACAUUAGACUCAGGUGUUUCUUGUCCAUUGCUAGAAAGUGAUUUGGCAUACAGCGAUGAUGAUGUUCCAUCAGUAUAUGAAAAUGGACUUUCUCAAAAAUCCUAUAAGGCCAAAGACAAUUUUAAUUUUCUUCAUUUGAAUAGAAAUGCCUGCUACCAACCUAUGUCUUUUCGUCCAAGAAUGCUGAUAGUGGGGGAACCAGGAUUUGGGCAGGGUUCACACUUGGCACCAGCUGUCAUCCAUGCUUUGGAAAAAUUUACUGUAUAUACAUUAGACAUUCCUGUUCUUUUUGGAGUCAGUGCCAUAUCUCCUGAAGAAACAUGUGCCCAAAUGAUUCGUGAAGCGAAGAGAACAGCACCAAGUAUAGUGUACAUUCCACACAUCCAUUUGUGGUGGGAUAUAGUUGGACUAACUCUCAAAGCCACAUUUACUGCAUUAUUACAGAAUAUUCCUUCAUUUGCCCCAGUUUUACUACUUGCAACUUCUGACAAACCCCAUUCUGCUCUGCCAGAAGAGGUGCAAGAAUUGUUCAUUCAUGAUUAUGGAGAGGUUUUUAAUGUCCAGUUACCAGGUAAAGAAGAACGAACAAAGUUUUUUGAAGAUUUAAUUCUCAAACAAGCUGCCAAACCUCCUAUAUCGAAAAAGAAAGCAGUUUUGCAGGCCUUAGAGGUACUCCCAGUAGCACCACCACCUGAGCCAAAACCAUUGACUGAAGAAGAAGUAAAACGACUGGAAGAACAAGAAGAAGAUACAUUUAGAGAAUUGAGGAUUUUCUUAAGAAAUGUCACACACAGGCUUGCUAUUGACAAAAGAUUCCGAGUGUUUACUAAGCCUGUUGACCCCGACGAGGUUCCAGAUUAUGUCACUGUGAUAAAGCAGCCAAUGGACCUUUCAUCUAUGAUUAGUAAAAUUGAUCUACACAAGUAUCUGACUGUGAAAGAUUAUUUGAGAGAUAUUGAUCUAAUCUGUAGUAACGCUUUAGAAUACAAUCCAGAUAGAGAUCCUGGAGACCGCCUUAUUAGGCAUAGAGCCUGUGCUUUAAGAGAUACAGCCUAUGCAAUAAUUAAAGAAGAACUUGAUGAAGACUUUGAGCAGCUUUGUGAAGAAAUUCAGGAAUCUAGAAAGAAAAGAGGUUGUAGCUCCUCCAAGUAUGCCCCAUCUUACUACCAUGUGAUGCCAAAGCACAGUGCUCUCUCUACUGGGGACAAAAAGUCAGAUCUGGAGCAUAAUGAAAAGCUAAAGACACCUAGUACUCCAGUUGCUUGCAGCACUCCUGCUCAGUCUAAGAGAAAAAUUCACAGAAAGUCAAAGUGGCAUGUAGGCACCAAAACAAAACGGAGGAGAAUUUCACAGACAAAGGAUGAUAGCCAAAAUGCUGCCAAUGAGCAAAUGGAGAGUGACACAGAGGAAAUCCAAGAUGUGAGUGCAGAUCGUGAGCCUAGGAAUACAGGGGAGUCUUCAGUAGAAGAAAAUGAGAAGCAGCAAAAUAUCUCUGAAAACAAAAGUGACUUGGGAAAUAAUAGUCCAAGUACUUGUAAUGAUGAGAAUGAACUUGAAGAAUCUAGGAAAACUACAGCAUCUACUGAAUUGAGAAAAGAUAAGAUUGCUUGCAAUGGAGAUGCUGCUAGCUGUCAGAUAAUAGACAUUUCUGAGGAAAAUGAAGCAAAAGAAAUGUGUCUUCUGCGAAUGACUAGAGCUAGACGUUCCCAGGUAGAACAACAGCGACUCAUCAGUGUUGAAAAGGCGUUGGCAAUUCUCUCUCAGCCUACACCCUCACUUGUUGUGGACCAUGAGCGGUUAAAAGAUAUUUUAAAGGCUGUUGUUAAAAAAAGUGAACAAUACAAUAUAUUUCAACUGGAAAAUUUAUAUGCAGUGCUCAGCCAGUGUAUUUAUCAACAUCGUGGGGACUAUGAUAAAACCACACUUAUUCAGAAAAUGGAGCAAGAGAUAAAAGGCUUCAGUUGUUCCAGAUCAUGAUGUCAUUGUAACUAGCAAGUACUUUUUCUAUUAAGUUCAUAUUUAAUUUACUUCUGAUAAGUCUACGUAACUAAUGCAAGAUAAAAUCCUGCAUCUUCCAGCAAAAAUUAAAAUAGUAAAACAAAAGUAUUUAAACUCUCCUGAUAUUUAUGUACAUGUGUAAGAUAACUGACAAAUAUUGGAAAUUUGUUUGAAUUGUAAUAAUAGUAAUAGUUGAAGUUUGAACAGCUCCAGUAAAGCUAUUUGGAUAACAAAUGUUUUGUGGCACUUAAGGAUAAUUAGCAACAUGAAAAUUUUUUUGUAUUAAGCACUUUUGAUUUUACCCUUCCUAAACAUAGGUUUGGCCUGAGGGUGUAGCUUACAGUAGAGUAGUUACCUAGCAUGUGUAUAGUCCUGGGUUUGAGCCAGGACCUCAAAAAAAGAAAGAGAACACAACAAAUGUUAUUAUAUCUCUGCUAUUCUCUUUGUCUUCUACGUUAUCCAACCUACCUUUCACUUCUGGUCCCUGUUCACUUACAAACCAGAAUUCAAGUUAUGACUAGUAAAAGGGCUGUUGCUCCAUAGUUCUUUAUUUGAAUAUUGGAAUAUUUUUAGAUAAACAUUUUUUGUCAUUGUAAUUGGGGUUAAUAAAUACUUUGAGCCAGGCACAGCUAGCUCACUACUGUAAUCCUAUCUACUCAGGAGGCUGAGAUCUAAGGAUCUGGUUCGAAGCCAGCCCGUGCAGGAAA